ACAAAAAUUAAAAUAACGAGACAAAAAAAAUGAGUAGUAAAGCAACAAUUGGAUCCAACAUUAGAAACAGAUUGAUUAAAAGCCAUGUCAUUAAGUCUGACUCUGUUGACUGUGAUGACCCUGAGGCCCCGUGACCCAAAGAAGAGGCCAAUAACCAUGUUAACUGGGCUAAUGAGCUUGAAAAGAUACAAAAUCUCACUGAAUCUAAGAAGACAGAGGCCACUGCCAGCUCUCACAAAGCUAAUUCUCACAAGUCAAUUUUGAAGAGUAAAAGUGGUGACCCUUCUGAUUUUCUCGAACAUGACAGCUCAAGUAGUACUAGUGAUGACUCUGAUGACUCUCUUUCAAGAGCGAGUAAACUGCCAUGCUUAGGCCUAAAUCAUAAGAAGAACCUCGAGGACUACUCAUACACUAACAAGAAGUUCCUCAAGAAGAUCUUGAACUCAGAAGACAGACACCUCUUCAACCUUCUCUCUCCUUAAUUCCGAAUCAGGAGAAAGAGGUGUUAAAGAGCUGUCUUGCUGAGAUAUUUAAACUAAUUCCUCUUUAAAAUUUCGAAUUU